CCUUUACGUGCUGCCGCACGGGCGUGCGUCAGUCUGUAAACACUCCUGCUCCAGCUGUAGCUUCCUCAUUGAUAGUUUGCCGAGUUAGCUAGCAUGAUGUCCCAGCGUUUUAUGUUUCAGUCGUGAAAGGCUUCCCAGUCGUCCCUGCAUAGGUUAUUACUGGUGAUAAUCCCAGUGGCUGUCAGGCGCUGUUAUCAAGUCUUUUUUGGGGGCUUGACCACACCGCGUCCAAUUGCUGUCAUAAAAUUAAUCUUAGUCUUUAUGCUAGUUUCAGAUAGCUAACUCGCUUCUUUUGCACAAGAAAAGACGCCGCGUUAUUUCGGAUUAUAUAUACAUUUUUUAAUGCUGAAAGCUCACCCUGCUCUGCUCUGAAAUGGUGCUUCCCUUGGUGAGCCUCUGUGCCAGGGAGGUGGUGAGUGACCACAGCUCGUCGCCCUGCUGGUUGAGGUGGGUGCCCAGGGAGCUGUUCAGACCGCUGCUGGAGGCCGCCUUCACCAGCUGCAGACCGCUGGCUGUGGGUGAGCUGGUGCAGAGGUGGCCUGAACGUACCCUGCGUGUCGGAGGACGGAGGAAACUAGGGAAGACUGCGCCGAAUCGACUCUGCAUCCAGGCUUUGUUACUUGCAGUAGUCAGGGGACUCUCGGACCAAAAAUGUGCCCUGCAAAUACUGGACCUCUGUGGGCUCCAAGGAGAUGAAGGAGGGAUGGGAGACCCCAUGGGGGGCUGGUCUCUGACUGUAGCUCUCUGCACCAUGGUCGUUCAGGCCAGAGCUGGAGCACAGAGGGCACAGAGGAGAGAAGGAGAGCGGGAGAGAAAAAGGUUCUCGGCCCUGGAGAGAGAAAAGGAUAUAAAAAGAGAGAGGGGACAGUGGAAGAGGGGAAAACAAGGUAAUGGUGACGAGGCAAGCGUUGACAGAGAGAGGAUGGCAUUGCUGGGAGUUUUGGGUGAAGAGGAGACGAUUAAAGGAGUCAGGAGGAGGAUGGAGAUAGAGAGGAAAAGGGACAGCACAUUGGCAGGUUUAGCAUGGAGCAAAAAGGAAAAUGAGGAAAAAGAUCUAGGAAGUGACGUGUUGGUGCAUGUGAGAGCUGAUCUCUUUGUCAAUGCUCGAUCUUGGGAGCGCGUUCGUGUGGCUCUCAGCACAUCCGGACCCCUCAAGCUUCAGUGCAGAUACCUCCGUGCGGAAGAAAUCUCUGUGUCAAGUAUCAGGACGCUGCUGGACCUCCUGCCUCGCCAGGGUCUCUUGGGCGUCGAUGUUCGCUACAGCAGCCUCGGGGUGGCUGGCUUGGCUGAGCUGCUGCCUCUGCUCUCCACCUUCCCUGCACUGAACUCCCUUCGGCUGCACUACUGUAACUUAGACUUCCGCAGAGACCACCCUGGCCAAGAAGAAGCACUGAGUGACUUGUCACAGGGUUUGGCACAGCUUCAAGAGCUGCGACGUCUCAGCCUCACUGCACUGCGCCUGCCCGGACAACUUCGUGUGCUGCUCAGCUCACUGCCUCAGUCUCUGGAGAUCCUGGAGCUGCCAUAUUUGAGCCUGAGUCCAGCUGACCUUGCCUAUCUGUCCUGCAGCCACCAUGCUUCCACGCUGCUGCAGCUGGAUCUAAGUGAGAACCGCCUGGAUGAAAACACCGUGCCCUCUAUUCGCCGCCUCCUCUGCCAGGCUUCCAGCAGCCUGCAGCACCUCUCUUUAAGUGGCUGUGGCCUGACUGAUGGCCUGCUGGGGCUCCUGCUCCCCUCACUGGGAGGCUGCUGGGCCCUCAAGAGUUUGGCUUUGGCCCUGAACCCACUCUCAAUGUCCGGCCUCAUGGACCUGGUGAGGAUGGCUGUGCGGAUGCCAUCCCUCCGUCAGUUACUGUACCCUAACCCCCUGGAGGACUACCAACCAGGCCUUCCUGACCUGCCGUCCAGUGCUCAGCUCUUAGACUGGCCUCUGGAUGAAACCACAGGCAUCAACAUGACAAGCAGCCAGCUCAACAGGGUGUUAAUAGACAGCAGACGCGCUGACCUCUUCCUGACCUGCGACCUGCUCAAUUAUGAUAAAGACUUGGCAGACUAGAGCAGAAGUCAGGGGAAGCUCCCCUGGUGCUUUUAAGUUCACUCACCGCGAUACAAGAGCAAUGUAAGCCUGACAAUCAUAUUGUCACUCUAAAUAUGACGUAAUAUUCUUUUAACUGUUUCUUAUCAUUUUUUUUCAGGAUGUGUGUUAUAUGAAGGAUCAAAUUAUUUCUUCAUACUUUUUUCUUUUAUGGAUAAUUAACUACAAGUAGCAAAAGAGCAAUCAAAAGAAUACCAAACUCUUCCAAAGCACAAUAAUCACCAAAUCAACAGGUAUAGCAAUAUGAAUGUGAUCAUCAGACAGAUCAGAAUAUAACACUCAUUUUGAUGAUGUAAAUGUUGGUCUGAUGCCAGAGCCAGGGAUAAGGUUUGUUCCCCACUGCAAUGUAGGAAUGGACAGUUUUUAAAAGAUUUGUUUGACAAAUGCACAGGCGGAGGCGAUAACCUCCUUGGCGGAGGACCUAAUAUAUUAUGUUUCAAUUUAAGAUGCUAUACUACAAACAAGUUCACUUGUUGGCUGUACUAAUUAAAAUGUUUCAUAUGAGUUACUGCUGGUUUUGUACCAAAAAAGAGUUAUUACUUCAUAAUCAGGUUACCUGGAUACUUUGGAUACAAAGAUUAACAUCUAGCUGGUCAGAGGUUACAGACUAUCCACCCUUGUGCCUUUACCUCAGUCACUUUCUUUAUACAAGGCACAGAUCCAAAUAUCUAAUCAGCUUGCCUACUGCUUAUUUAUACUGCAGAUCAACAACCCAUGUUGCAGUGGCCAACUUUAUAGUAUAUGUUUGCUAAAUAUUUGCCUAAUUUUGCUUACAUGGGAUAUGAAUGUAACUGCAAAAUAUUUAGGUUUAUUUUGAUUUUGUACCAAUCAAUUUUUCUGUUUUAUUCACUAAGUAAUGUACUCAUAUGUUUGUGCUGUUUUAUUUUCCGUAUUUGUCAUACAAUAAUUUCUGCAAUAUCUGUUUUAAAAUGUUCAGGAAUGUGCUUUUUGUAUUCACUCUACUUGUAUAUUGAGUCAAAAAGUAUCACCAUUAUGAGGAAAUGUGUACCAAAUCAUCCUUGUACUACAUGAAUGCAUUUAUAUACUGUAAGUCACAGAAUAAAUCUAAGCAAACUUUAAA